CACCCUUUGAACUUGUCCUGGGACUAUAAAAACCCACGGCUCAUUGGAGAACACACCAUCAGGUCUAAGAACCCCUGGACGUAAGGCAACUCUCGGCCAAACUGCAACCAUGAAAUUCUCCCUCAUCGCCGUCCUCGUUGUUGCUCUGGCCAUUGGCUCUGAGUCAGUAUCUCUGGUCAAGAGAGACGCUCCUGCUGAGCUGGACAAGAUCGCCAAGUACUUCCAGGACCUCGUGGACAAUCUGAAGAACGUCGAGGGCCCUGAGCUGGCCAACAAGGCAAACGCUUACCUCGAGCAGAGCAGAGCCCAGCUCCAGCCCAUGGUUGAGAAGCUCCAGGAGCAGCUGAAGCCCCUCUCCAGCAACAUUGAAGAGCACAUCAAGCCUCUGGCCGCCUCCGUCCAGGCUCAGGUCGCCCCCCUGGCCGGCAUGGUCCAGACCCACGUUGAAGACGUCCUCAAGUUUGUGGCUGACAAGACCAAAGCCAUCCUGCCACCUCAGUAAACCCAGAGAAAUCACCGUUGCUUAUAGUUUUCUUUCAUAUUGGUCUCUUUAUGUAUAUUUAAAAUAAUAAAAAGGAUUUAAAGGUCACUGUACUAUCUCCACCUUCCAUUUUCUCUCACAUGUAUUAAAUGAAGUAGCCAUUUUGUUUUUAGGGCUUCCCUAAAACGCAGGGAAUGCUCUCUUCAUGUAAGCUGGUAUGUUUGAAAUAAUAAAAAGGAUUAAAAAGUGA